AUGGUACCCCAGAGCCAUCACACCUUCUAUGGUUCCCCAGAGCCAUUACACCUUCUAUGGUGCCCCCAGAGCCAUCACACCUUCUAUGGUGCCCCAGGGCCAUUACACCUUCUAUGGAGCCCCAGAGCCAUCACACCUUCUAUGGUGCCCCCAGAGCCAUCACACCUUCUAUGGAGCCCCCAGAGCCAUCACACCUUCUAUGGAGCCCCCAGAGCCAUCACACCUUCUAUGGAGCCCCCAGAGCCAUCACACCUUCUAUGGUGCCCCAGAGCCAUUACUCCUCCUGUGGUGCCCCAGAGCCAUUACACCUUCUAUGGUGCCCCUAGAGCCAUUGCACCUCCUAUGGUGCCCCAGAGCCAUCACACCUUCUAUGGUGCCCCAGAGCCAUUACUCCUCCUAUGGUGCCCCAGAGCCAUUACACCUUCUAUGGUGCCCCUAGAGCCAUUGCACCUCCUAUGGUGCCCCAGAGCCAUCACACCUUCUAUGGAGCCCCCAGAGCCAUCACACCUUCUAUGGUGCCCCAGAGCCAUUACUCCUCCUAUGGUGCCCCAGAGCCAUUACACCUAUGGUGCCCCUAGAGCCAUUGCACCUCCUAUGGUGCCCCCAGAGCCAUCACACCUUCUAUGGUACCCCAGAGCCAUCACACCUUCUAUGGUUCCCCAGAGCCAUUACACCUUCUAUGGUGCCCCCAGAGCCAUCACACCUUCUAUGGUGCCCCAGGGCCAUUACACCUUCUAUGGAGCCCCAGAGCCAUCACACCUUCUAUGGUGCCCCCAGAGCCAUCACACCUUCUAUGGAGCCCCCAGAGCCAUCACACCUUCUAUGGAGCCCCCAGAGCCAUCACACCUUCUAUGGAGCCCCCAGAGCCAUCACACCUUCUAUGGUGCCCCAGAGCCAUUACUCCUCCUGUGGUGCCCCAGAGCCAUUACACCUUCUAUGGUGCCCCUAGAGCCAUUGCACCUCCUAUGGUGCCCCAGAGCCAUCACACCUUCUAUGGUGCCCCAGAGCCAUUACUCCUCCUGUGGUGCCCCAGAGCCAUUACACCUUCUAUGGUGCCCCUAG